AUGGGGAUGGAAAUGCUAUCCCAGAGGAUGGUUUUGUGGCUGAUGGCCUCGGGAUUGAUCUUCAGUGGGGAGAUGUGGGUCUCCACGGGCUUCGAUUAUGAUUACACUUACGCUUUGCACGAAGAGGAUAAAACCGAGACGCUAGAUUAUAAGGAUCCCUGUAAAGCUGCUAUCUUUUGGGGAGAUAUUGCCUUAGAUGAUGAAGAACUAAGAGUCUUUCAAAUUGAUAGGACAAUUGACCUUACACAGAACUCAUUUGAAAAACUUGGACAUAUCACAGGUGGUCUGGGAGACUAUGGCGUGUCAAAGAAAAGAGGGGCUCUGUAUCAGCUCAUAGACAGGAUAAGAAGAUUUGGCUCCGGUUUAGAACAAAAUAGCACAGCUAAAGGAAAAGCAUCUGUAAAAUUCUCAGGGCAAAAUGAGAAAAACCGGGUUCCCAGGGCUGCUACAUCAAGAACUGAAAGAAUAUGGCCUGGGGGUGUCAUUCCAUACGUUAUAGGAGGCAAUUUCACUGGCAGCCAGCGAGCCAUGUUCAAGCAGGCCAUGAGGCACUGGGAGAAACACACAUGUGUAACUUUCAUCGAAAGAAGUGAUGAAGAAAGUUAUAUCGUAUUUACUUAUAGGCCUUGUGGAUGCUGUUCUUAUGUGGGUCGGAGAGGCAAUGGACCUCAAGCUAUCUCUAUUGGCAAGAAUUGUGAUAAAUUUGGAAUUGUUGUCCAUGAAUUGGGACAUGUAAUAGGUUUCUGGCAUGAACACACACGACCAGACCGAGAUAAACAUGUAACUAUCAUAAGAGAAAAUAUCCAGCCAGGUCAAGAGUACAACUUCUUGAAGAUGGAGCCUGGAGAAGUGAACUCCCUUGGGGAACCAUAUGAUUUUGACAGUAUUAUGCACUAUGCCAGGAACACCUUCUCAAGGGGGAUGUUUCUAGAUACCAUUCUUCCUGCCCGUGAUGAAAAUGGCAUACGUCCUGCAAUUGGCCAACGUACACGCUUGAGCAAAGGAGAUAUUUCACAGGCAAGAAAGCUGUAUAGAUGUCCAGCAUGUGGAGAAACACUUCAAGAGUCUACUGGCAACUUUUCUUCUCCGGGAUUUCCAAAUGGCUAUCCUUCCUAUACACAUUGUAUAUGGAGAAUUUCUGUGACUCCGGGGGAAAAGAUUGUCUUAAACUUUACCACAAUGGACCUCUACAAGAGUAGUUUGUGCUGGUAUGAUUACAUUGAAGUCCGAGAUGGAUACUGGAGAAAAUCACCUUUGCUAGGUAGAUUCUGUGGUGACAAAUUGCCUGAAGUCCUCACAUCUACUGACAGCAGGAUGUGGAUUGAGUUUCGAAGCAGCAGUAAUUGGGUAGGAAAAGGUUUGGCAGCUGUUUAUGAAGCAAUCUGUGGUGGUGAGAUCCAUAAAAACGAAGGCCAGAUCCAGUCCCCUAAUUAUCCUGAUGACUACAGACCCAUGAAAGAAUGUGUGUGGAAAAUAAUAGCUUCAGAGAACUACAAUGUUGGAUUAACCUUUCAGGCAUUUGAGAUCGAAAGACAUGACAGCUGUGCUUAUGACUACCUGGAAAUUCGAGAUGGGUCCAGUGAAAAUAGUCCUUUGAUUGGUCGUUUUUGUGGUUAUGAUAAACCAGAAGAUAUCAGGUCGACUUCUAAUACCCUGUGGAUGAAGUUUGUUUCAGAUGGAACUGUUAACAAAGCUGGGUUUGCUGCUAACUUUUUUAAAGAGGAAGAUGAAUGUGCCAAACCUGACAAUGGAGGCUGUGAACAGCGAUGUGUAAACACUUUGGGAAGUUAUCAGUGUGCUUGUGAACCUGGCUAUGAGCUUGGGCCUGAUAAGAGGAGUUGUGAAGCUGCUUGUGGAGGACUACUAACAAAGCUCAAUGGCACCAUAACCACCCCAGGCUGGCCCAAAGAAUACCCACCCAAUAAAAACUGCAUUUGGCAGGUGGUUGCUCCAACCCAGUACCGAAUUUCUAUGAAAUUUGAGUUUUUUGAACUAGAGGGCAAUGAAGUUUGCAAAUAUGAUUAUGUAGAGAUCCGAAGUGGAUUGUCCUCAGACUCCAAAUUACAUGGCAAAUUUUGUGGGGCAGAAGUACCUGAGGUGAUCACUUCCCAGUUCAACAACAUGAGGAUUGAAUUCAAAUCUGACAACACCGUUUCUAAGAAAGGUUUUAAAGCUCAUUUCUUCUCAGACAAAGAUGAAUGCUCUAAGGAUAAUGGUGGAUGUCAACAUGAAUGCAUCAACACUGUGGGAAGUUAUGUGUGUCAUUGUCGAAAUGGAUUUGUGCUUCACGAGAAUAAACAUGACUGUAAAGAAGCGGAAUGUGAACAGAAGAUUCAUAGUCCAAAUGGAAUGAUUAGCAGCCCCAACUGGCCAGACAAGUAUCCGAGCAGGAAGGAAUGCACAUGGGAAAUCAGUGCCACUCCUGGACAUCGAGUUAAACUAACAUUUAACCCAUAUGAGCUUCAGUUUCCUCACAUGCUUUCUUUAGAAAAAGCUGUCCAGGGUUUCAGCCACUACUUUCGGAAAGCAGAAUGUGGUGGUCGACUGAAAGCUGAUUCCAAUCCAAGAGAUCUGUACUCGCAUGCUCAGUUUGGUGACAACAAUUACCCAGUCCAAGUCCGGUGUGAGUGGCUACUAAUGUCAGAACGAGGCUCUUCAGUUGAAUUAAUUUUUCAGACUUUUGAGGUUGAAGAAGAAGCAGACUGUGGCUAUGACUAUGUCCAGAUCUUUGAUGGUCAUGAUUCAACAGCUCGAAAUCUUGGUCGAUUCUGUGGCUCAGGACCACCUGAAGAAAUCGAUUCAUCCGGGGAUGCUAUUUUAAUUUAUUUCCACACUGACGAUACAAUCAACAAGAAAGGAUUCCAUAUACGAUACAAAAGCAUAAAAUACUCAGAUGCCACUCAUACCAAAAAAUAAUGCCAAAACCUCUAUGUCCAAAAGAAAAGGAGCGAGCUUGAUGGGGAGAAGCAUUUUUUUACUGAAGUUAUUAGCACAAAAAUUUUCUAUAAUGAGCUUGAAUCAACACAAAUCUUCAAAAUCACAAUUGUUUCUGUUCCCAGAUUGAAGUAUUCAGGUAGCCCAACAGAAUAGACAUGAUGGUGAUGUGUGGGCUCCAUGCUUGAUUAUAUCUGCAAACCUGGUGGAAGGGCAUUGCAUGCUUCCAGGAGGACUAGAUGAGUUUUUUUAAACAGCUUGAUUUAUGUCAUUAAUGCCUGGCAAUUGAAUCAAUUCCAUUCAGAAAAAGUGAUCCUUCAGAUUUCUUCCUUCUAAAAAUUGUUUGGUGUCCAGGAAAGGGGAAAACAAACAAGCAAACAAAAUAA